AUGGAUGUCCUGCAAAGUCUGCCUUUGCCGUCAAUUGACCGGCCGUUUGGCAUUCACCUAUGGCCUAUCUUCGACAAGGCCUUCGAGCUGGUGGUGGGCUAUCCCGCCAGCGAAUUUCGCUUCGAAGAAGGCGUGACGCCCAUGUCUACUUUCAAAGAAACCGCCGUGGCGCUCGUUGCCUACUAUGUCAUCAUCUUUGGUGGCCGUGAGUUCAUGAAGAACAGACCUGCCUUCAAGCUCAACACUCUCUUCAUGAUCCACAAUCUUUACCUCACCCUGAUCAGCGGCACUCUCUUGGCUCUCUUCAUUGAGCAGCUUCUCCCUACUGUCUGGAGACAUGGUAUCUUCUAUGCUAUCUGUGAUCACGACGGUGGAUGGACGCGGCCUCUUAUUGUUCUGUACUACCUCAACUACUUGACCAAGUACCUCGAACUCAUCGACACUGUCUUCCUGUUCCUCAAGAAGAAGCCUCUUACCUUCCUUCAUACCUACCACCACGGCGCUACGGCGCUUCUCUGCUAUACCCAGCUUAUUGGUUUGACUGCGGUUCAAUGGGUUGUCAUUGACAUCAACCUUCUGGUGCACGUCGUCAUGUACUGGUACUACUUCCAGAGUGCCCGUGGUAUCCGUAUCUGGUGGAAGGAGUGGAUCACCCGUCUCCAGAUCAUUCAGUUCGUCAUCGAUCUCGGCUUCAUCUACUUCGCUUCCUACACCUACUUCUCCUCUACUUACUUCCCCUGGGUUCCCAACAUGGGCAAGUGCGCCGGCGAGGAGUUUGCCGCCUUCUCCGGCAUGGCUGUCAUCAGCUCUUACCUCUUCCUUUUCAUUUCCUUCUACGUCGCAACCUACAAGAAGGCUGCCAAGGCCGGCCGUCCCCGCCGCAACACUGGCAAGCAGGCUGUUAUCGACAUGGCCAAGUUCGAGGUCUCUGCGCCGCACGCUGACGCCAAGGGCAACAACAAGUCCAACGGAGCUGCUGUGUCGACCGGUCGUGCCAAUGGCCCGGUUACCCGCUCCCGCAAGGCUUAA